AUGAACUAUAAAAUCAAAUUAUUUUAUCAAGGAUCCCUCAGUCCACAAGAAGCUAAGGCUCGAUGGAAAUAUCUGCGAGAUAAUUAUAUAAAAGCCCGUAAGAAGGUUCAAGCAUAUGUGCCUAGUGGAUCAGCAGCUGCUAAUACCAGUACUGAGAAGUCUAAGUUUCAAUAUUAUGAACUUAUGAGAUUCCUGAAUGAUUCAUUGCAGACACGACCGACAGUGAGUUCAUUAACAGAUGCCGAUGCUAAAAGUGGAGUAGUUACUUCAUUUAAUGUAGAAAACAAGCGACACAAAGAUGAUGCCGUAGCUGGACCUUCGACAACGCAUCAGAUUUCAGAUAUUAAUAAUUCUCCACAGACUUCCUCAUAUGUUUCUUCACGGACGCCGACACCCACAAAU